AUGCAUAAGGUCCUGCGGCGGCAGCCAUGGACCUGCCCGAGAUGCCUGCGCAACCAGAAGACAUACAAUUCUACCGCCGCCGGCAUUGCCGUGGCCGACGAUAACACCUACGAAUCUACCUCCCUUCACGCGUCUCCUUCUUCCAAGAGCGCCUACGAUAAUGCUCUCCUCCGUGAGGUUUUCAAUAAAAAGACACUCUCAAAGACAUCCUCCACCCGAAGCUCGGGCCUGAUAGGAAACACGUUCCUGACUGUCCCCCAAGGUUUUCAAAAGUUCGCCGAGUCGUCCGUGAUACAAUGCAAGAGAUUGGUAGAAAGGACGCUUGCCGCUUCUACCGUCGAGCAAUACAAAGCCAUACCCAAGGAUCUUGAUAGACUCAGCGACUUGCUAUGUCGAGUGAUAGAUCUCUCCGACUUCAUCAGGAGCAUCCAUCCGGGCGACGAUGUGGCCGCCUCGGCAUCUGCGUCGUAUUCACUCAUGUUCCAAUACAUGAAUGAGCUCAAUACGACCACUGGUUUAAACAAGCAGCUUAAGAAGGCUUGGGACAUGCCCGAAGUUCGGUCCCAAUGGAAUGAAGAGGAAAAAAUGGUUGCCGUGCUCUUGAUGAGGGACUUUGCAAAAUCAGGUAUUCACCUGCCUGAUAAGCAGAGGCAGCAAUUUGUCUCGUUGUCCAACGAAAUCGUGCAGUUAGGAACCGAUUUCAUCAACCAGAUGGAUCAUGCAAGGGACUAUGUGUCAUUCAGCGUGCGACAGCUGGACGGCAUCGAUCCAACGCUGGUUCAAGGCUUCAAGAACCAUGAAAGAGCACAGAUCCCAGUGUCGAGCAAAUGGUCCAAAAUGGUUCUUAACUCCGUCAAAGACGCGGCGACGAGAAAAGAAAUGUACAUUGCCGAGAGAAGCGCCUCCAAGAAGACCAUUGCAACACUUGAACAACUGCUUCUACGUCGUGCCCAGCUUGCCAAGCUGACGGGCUUCGACAACUUCGCACAGAUGGCUCUGAUAGAGAAAAUGGCCAAGACGCCAGAAGCUGUGAAUAAUUUCCUGGAAUCGGUCAAUGCAAACAACAAGAUACAUGUUCAGAAGGAGCUUGCUCCGCUAUUGGAGCUCAAGCGCAAGAUGGACCAAGGUGCCGAAAGAUUGAAUCCGUGGGAUCACCACUAUCUCCUGGCCAAACUAGAUCAACUGGAAGGAGCAUCGGGACCGCGGACAUCAAAGUCGCGUCUGCAGGAAAGUGCCAAACUCUACUUUGCCCUUGGCCAUGUGAUGCAGGGCUUGUCUAGCCUCUUCGAGUGUCUGUAUGGCGUCCGAUUUGUCCCAAGAGAGACCAAACAAGGCGAAGUCUGGCAUCCCGACGUUAGGCGGUUGGACGUGUACACCGAGAACCAGGAGCAUAUUGCCACCAUGUAUUGUGACUUGUUCUCGCGGCCCGGAAAACAGAGUCAUCCUGCUCACUUCACGCUCCUCUGCUCACGAGAAAUCUCAGAGGAAGAGAUCCGCGAAUGCGAAGAACGCAAUGAGCCAUUGAACAACGGCAUGCCGACACUUCUCAGUACUAACCCGGUAUCUGGCGUGACCUCCCAUCACCAAAUCCCCAUCAUCGCUCUUGUGUGCGGCUUCCCACAAUCCAGCGUCCCUGGCGAACCAGCUCUCCUCUCUCAAUACAACCUCGUCUCAUUAUUCCACGAAAUGGGCCAUGCUAUCCAUAGCGUUCUGGGCCGCACUUCCAUGCAAGGCAUAUCGGGGACGCGGGUCGCGACUGAUUUCUCCGAACUCCCCUCUGUCCUCAUGGAAAACUUCGCUACUGACCCCGCAGUAUUGAAACUUUUUGCGAGACAUUGGAAGACCGAUGCGGCAAUGCCCGAUGAGAUGCUCAAGGUAUUGGCUGCAGAAGGGUCAAAGGAAGCUUCUAGGCAGGGCGCGUGGAACAACGAGAGCCAGAUUCUCAUGAGUCUCUUGGAUCAGGUGUACCACGGAGACGGGCCCGUUCAAGCCCUCCGGAGCGGGCGGUAUGAUUCUACUGCUGUAUAUUACGACGUGUGGAACAAGCACGGCUCCGUUCCCGAGCCCUGGGGGACUUCCUGGCAAGGCUUCUUCGGCCACCUCCACGGGUAUGGCGCAAGUUACUAUUCGUACCUCUUCGACACAGCGAUCGCACGACGGGUCUGGACGAAUGUGUUUCGCGGCGGCAAGAACAAUGGCGCAGUUGAUCGUGCGAGUGGGGAGAAGUUCAAAGAGGAGGUUCUUAAAUGGGGGGGAGGCAGGGACCCCUGGCUCUGUCUUGAGGGAUUGCUUGGAGAUGGCAGAGGCGCGUUAGCAGAGGGCGGCGAGCAGGCCAUGUUACAGGUUGGAAGAUGGGGAGUCGGUGUUGGGGCUGGAGCUGUCGAUUGA